AUCGAACAUUCGAAUGAGUAACAUAACCUGAAUGUUCAAAAUGCGUUGCACUUUCUUUGAGUAGAAAAGGCAACUUUCUGCUUUCGUAAUUGAACAUUUUCCUUCUGUGAUUACAUCGAGAUGUCUGCACCAAAACAGCAACAGAACGCUGAACACAAGGAGAAAAAGAGGAAAGAGAGUAUUCUUGAUCUUUCUAAGUAUCUUGAGAAGAAUAUAAGAGUUAAGUUUGCCGGUGGCAGAGAAGCUGCAGGCAUACUCAAGGGUUAUGAUCCAUUGCUAAACUUAGUACUUGAUAAUACAACAGAGUACCUCAGAGAUCCUGAUGAUCCAUAUAAAUUGAUCCAGGAUACUCGUAUGUUGGGUCUGGUGGUAUGUAGAGGGACAUCUGUUGUACUUAUUUGUCCUGUAGAUGGCAUGGAGUCUAUUCAGAAUCCAUUUAUACAACAGGAAGGAUAAGCACAAAAGCUAUAUACCUCAGUAAUUAUAUCCUAAACCUUUUUUUUAAACACUGAUUAGUUAAUCAUCUGUCGUUUUUCUAAGGAUGAAUAUAAUUUAUUUUCGCAUUAUAAAUGGAGGAAAAAUGGGUUAUGCAUUGGAAAUAAAUGCAAUUUUCAUAUGAAAA